CUGGGAGGCUCCGAGGGCCCGCUCUGUCCGUCAGCCCCGGAGCGUGCGGGUUUUCACCGGGUGGGUAAAGAGAACCAGAACGGUGGAUGAGGCUGGGGAGGGACCAGGCUCGGCCUGCCGAGUGGACUCAGGUGAGAGCAGACCUGGGGCGUGGCUUUUAAUAUUCCAGAGGCCAGGGUGUUCUGGUCCUUGCUCCUAAUACCAUUUCAAUAAUGAGGAAACAAUUUUGUGGAAAAGGAAAAAGAAGUUUUAUUGAUUUACUUGCAAAAGAAAAACACAGGGGACUCCUGUCCCAGAAGAAAGGUGACUAAUGAGUGAUGGUGACAAAUGAGUAAUGCCUGUUGCUUAAAGAUUCAUGGUAUGAGACAAGACUCCAUUAUUACUUAACCAAAAGGAAUCGAGAGUAACCUGUUCACUCAUUUCAGACACGCUGGCCAUUGGUCUUUCCCCAUGUGGUAAGACAGGCUGCUCAGCAUUUUAUGGCAACUUAGAAUUUGUACGGAGUGGCUUCCAGGCUUGUGAGUAUGGAAACUGUGGGCAUCCUGGGGUCUCAGGUUUUAUUUUCUCUUCUCAAGAUCCUCAAGACCUUUUCUGUCUUCAUGAGGCAAAAUCAGAAGAAGAAAGUAUGGUGACCGAGUGGUUGACAAAUUAUUCUCAGGUAAGUAGGAAAUUGACUUUUCAGUGGAAAAAUAUGCUGCUUUCUAUCAAGUAACUGUAUUUCCUCUAAGUGGAAAAGAACUUUUUCAAACAAAGAGGACUUAGGGACUAAGUUUCCAGUGAGAUUUCCUCAAGUUAUAGCCUCUCAUGUGGUUAACAAAUUACAUAAGGAAGUAAUACCAUUAUUCCAGUACUUACUAAUCUAAAUUUCAUUUAUGCUUGAUUGUACACUUUCAUUUUUCUAUGGUAGACUGCAAAGGAGAGAAUGAACGUACUUCUCAGAAUUUAUGUUCACUGAACCUUUUAUUUGAGUGCCUGUAAUGUGCUCACGACUACAGUAAAACCUGUUAGUGGAGAAAAAGAAGGCCAGAAGGGAUCACUGUUUAACAUGGUAAGAUGCAGUUAGGUGAAAGAGAUGCUCUUAAAGCCAUGUGACUAAAUUAGAUCACCACUGAAUAUGAACAGAUAGAAAAGAGAAGAGCAGUGAGGACCAUCAAGUGAUAGAAGACCAUGGAACCCAUCAAAGCAGUGGGUCCCUCAUUCUCCUCCAAAGGACAUAGUAGAGAUGGUAACUUGUCUCAUGCCAGCAUGUUUGUUAUGGUUUAGGACUCAGUGUCCUUUGAGGAUGUGAACUUGACCCAGGAGGAAUGGAUUUUGCUGGACCAAACUCAGAGAAACUUAUACAGAGAUGUGAUGCUGGAGAACUACAAGAAUCUAAUUGCAUUUAAUAAGGCUGGUACCAUUUCUUCAAUUUAGUUUUUCCUGAAUAAAUAUGAAGUAUUAUAUUUUAGGCUCUGCAAAUUAAUAGCAGUACAAUCAUAAACAAACCAAACACGCUCUUUUCAUAGACCUUAGUGUCUAGUGACUUUUUCAUGAGCAUGGAAAUCUAUUUGUUGUACUGGUUUUCUUUUCUCCAUGGAUAAAAGACUUGGGGCUUCAUAACUAUGUGUACAGGCUUAAGCCUGUGUUACAGAGGAAAGAUCCCUGAUCUUUUUGUUACACAAGGAAAGAGAAAACUAGUCUAUUUGUAUUUGCAGUUCACGUGAAAGCUUACUGGCUGAUUAUGCUGGACUUGAAGAUCAUGCUGUUUCUCAGUUAUGCCUGAAGUGACUAGAAUGCCAGAAAAGCAGAACCUUGGCCCGUGGUUUAUGGAAACAUCCGUCAUCCUUGCACCUUCUUCUUACAUCAUGUCUCUUUCCCUCAGAGCAGGGAACCAGCCAUGUAGACCUGGUCUGACUUUUCAUGUGGUGCUAGAAGAGCUGAGGACAGUGAGGAAAGUUCUCCAAGGUGAAAGAAAAGGCAGAUGUGAUUCUUUGAGAAACAGCCAUUAUCUAGAAGAGAGCUGAAACUUCUCUGCUGGCCUCCUAGACUUCCCCAGGAGAAUCCCUACCGCAAGGCAUUCUCAUCAUAGACGGUUGGGCUAAGAGUGUCAAGAGAGAUGCACAAAGCUCUGUUUGCUUAGGACCAUGUCCAGCUAGGACAGAAAUACAAGAGAGAAAGAAUGGCUGCAGGCUUGCUGCCAGCUUGGUCACAGAAUUCAGUGACCUUCCAGGAAGUGGCAGUGGACUUCUCCCAGGAAGAGUGGGCAUUGCUGGACCCUGCUCAAAAAAAUUUAUACAGAGAUGUGAUGCUGGAGAACUUUAGGAACCUGGCCUCAGUGGGGUAUCAGCUCUGCAAACACAGUCUGAUCUCCAAAGUGGAACAGGAAGAGCUGAGGACAGAUGAGAAAGGAAUUUUCCAAAGCACCUCUAAAAGUGAACUGGGAAAUUCCACUAAAGAUACAAUUCCUGUGCAGAAUGUUCCUGGAAAUACAAAAUUCAGUGGCAUAAAAAUGAAAUGUGUCAGAACUCACACUAGAGAGAAACUCUAUGAGUGCAAUGACUGUGGAAAAGCCUUCAUUUUUCAGUCCUCCCUUAAGAAACACAUGAGAUCCCACACCGGAGAGAAACCUUAUGAGUGUGAUCAUUGUGGGAAAUCCUUCAGCCAGAGCUCUCAUCUCAAUGUACACAAAAGAACUCACACUGGAGAGAAACCCUAUGAUUGUAAGGAGUGUGGGAAGGCCUUCACUGUUCCUUCAUCCCUUCAGAAACAUGUGAGAACCCACACUGGAGAGAAACCCUACGAAUGCAAUGACUGCGGAAAAGCCUUCAUUGAUCAGUCAUCCCUUAAGAAACACACACGAUCUCACACUGGAGAAAAGCCAUAUGAGUGUAAUCAGUGUGGAAAAUCCUUCAGCACAGGCUCUUACCUUAUUGUGCACAGAAGAACUCACACAGGAGAGAAAACCUAUGAGUGUAAAGAAUGUGGAAAGGCCUUUAGGAAUUCCUCUUGCCUGAGGGUACAUGUGAGAACACACACUGGAGAGAAGCCCUAUAAAUGCAUGCAGUGUGGAAAAGCCUUCAGCACAAGCACUAACCUUAUAAUGCACAAGCGAAUACAUACAGGGCAUAAAAGUCUAUGAAUGAAAUGACUUUGAAAGUUAUGUUGUCUCAUUCUUCAUUCUAGAACUCACACUGGAGAGAAACUGUAUUGUAAACAAUGUGGAAAAAGCACUGAGGCACAACUCUUAAUGAUCUUACCAGUAAUGACUGUUUCAUCCUCAAAGUGCCAUAACUCAUUAAUUUGUAAGCAUUAAAGACAAUGUAUCAGUAAACUCUGCUUGACUCACGCCAUAAAAGUUUUGAUAAUGUAAUAUUAUAAGUUAGUACUAAAUAAUGUCUGAUUCCCAUCAAGAUAUUUUAGACCCACAAAUAAUUUACAAGUGAGUUUAUUAAUAGGCAGAUCCUAUACAUAAUUUUAGUUAAUUUAUUUUAACUCAUUUUGGGCAGAAAACAUAGUCUUCAUGGUAUAGACCCAUGUACAAAGUUGGUAGACACUUGCUGUGUGGCAUACUGUAGCUGAUAGAACUGGUUAUUGUCCCACUAUUCGUCCCCCACCUCCUGACCUUGUUCCUUAAACUCUUAGACAAUUUUGUUCAAUUUGGCAAUAUGGAAAUGGGGUUUAAGCACUCAUUUCCCAGCUUGCCUUGCAGCAGUAUGAUUGGCCAGAUGUGUCCACAGUCCUUACCAAUGAGAAGAUAGAUAUCACUGAAUGUGGCUUCUGAGGAAAUUCAUGGAAAAGGGAACAUCUCAUCUAGCAUUUUCUCUUUACCAUUUGCCCUUUCUCUUAUGCUUUCUUUUUUCCUAAGAAAUACAUCAUCAAGAGAAUAACAGUUACAAGAUAUUAAUGACACAACAGAGGAUACAUAAUAUCUACCUGCACCAAUCCUGGACUGCUUAUCUCUAAAUUUCAUGUUACAUGAGAAAAUAAACUCCUAACUGGUUUAAACUAUUCUUUUUACUGGGGAUUGAACUCGGGCACUCGACCACUGAACCACAUCCCCAGCCCUAUUUUUGUCUUUUUUAUUUAGAGACAGGCUCUCACUGAGUUGCUUAGCACCUUAUUUCUGCUGAGGCUGGCCUUGAACUGGCAAUCCUGCCUCCACCUUCCAGGCUGCUGGGAUUACAGGUGUGCACCACUGCGCCUGGCUAAACUACUCUUGUGAGAUGUUUUGCCUGUAACUGAUUUCAGUCCCAGCUGUGAUAUCUGAUGUGCAGUCAAGUUUUAUGAAUUCUUCAUAUAUGGUUGAAACCAGUGUUUUCUAAUUGUUGGAUGUAACAGGCUAUCUAUCCAUGUAUCCAUUGGGUAAAUAUUCUUGUGUUUUAAAUUUGUAUAAUUACAAGCUAUCUCCUGAUCUGCCAAUUAUUGAGAAGUAUGCUACAAUGUCACACCAUAACUAAGCUGUCAAAUGUUUUUUUUUAAAGAAUUUCUCUUACUUUCAGGCACCAUAAUCGAAUGCAUAUAAGUUUACUCAUUUUUACAUGUUUCUGCUAAACUGUCCCUUUAUUCUUACGUAGUGCACAUCCUUUUUCCCUGAUAAUUAAGUACUCAUUAAUUCACUUGAUACAGCUGUGACCUACUGACCUAACUAAUGCCAUUUUCUCCACACCAACUUGUAAAGAUGAGAGCAACAUCUUUUCUCAGUACUCAGUUAAUGCUGUUCCUACAGUAACAUCUCAGUAUUCAGCUGCAGCUGUCCUCUAUAUUGAUGGUUAUAUGCGAUUGGCCCUGAGAAAAAAGGAAGUAUCAAGUACUUUAUAUGCCUUAGUAAAGUACAUAGGAAUGAUAGGACAAGAAGUAGACCAAACCUAGUAAAGGAAUUCAACUGUCUGCAGCAUGCUGAGAUGUUCUUGCCAAGGUGAAAGGAACUUGUAACACCUAAUUCAAAGAAAUAGCACAGUGCUUGACAUGCUUUUUUGAGUUCUGGAAGCAUUAUAUAAUACACUUGAGUAUUCUACAUUGAACUAUCUACAGAUGACUAUACUACUGAAUUCUGCCCUAUAAAAGAAACAAGCAAUAUGGAAACAAUUUGAGAAUCAAUUUGAGGAACACAUUCUGGCAAUAUAUGAAUGCAACAUAACCAGGAAAGCAAACCAAGACAAAGACUGUAUAGAACACAAAAACCUUCAAAAGUCAUUUAUAAAAGUAGGUAGUUUUCAAAAAGAGAAUCUAUCAUGUUCAGUUUAACUUUAUCCAGAAAAAGAAAGUUGGUU